AUGGCGUUCUUCAUGAAGCAGAUGGUGGGGGACAAGCUGAAGAACAUGACGGGCGGAGGAGGCGAGGAGGAGGCGAAGACGGACGCGGACGGGAAGGAGACGCCUCAGUCCAAGGGCAUGUCCCGCGAAGAGUUUGAGGAGUACCAGAGGCAGCUGGUGGAGGAGAAGAUCCAGCGGGAUAAGGAGUUCGCCAUGCGGAAGGCGGAGAGGGCGAACCUGAGGGUGGCACUGAGGGAUAAGUACCGCCUACCGGAGAGUGCCCAGGAUGAUGCCACUAUUCAGUUGGCGCCGGGGGAAGUGGACCUGCCCGAGGAGCUGGCUAAGAUGGUGGAGGAGGAUGAGGAGGAGGAAGAGGCCAACAGCACGUUCCUGGGGAAGCUGCAGAGCAUGGAUCUGGACAUGGACUUCGACACCAUCAAAAGCAAAGCGCAGACCACCAUGACCGAGGUCAAGCAGGCCGCGGAGGAGAAGUGUGUGGUCAUGUGA